AUGGCCGAGGCGAAGCAGGAACACAUCUCCGUGGUGGCACGGCUGCGCCCAUGUCCCAAGCCAUCCUCAACGGUACGAGUCGCUGAUAAGGAGCUGGUGGUGCAGGUGCCGCGAGGUAGUGACACUAUCAACAACCAGGUGGAGGAGUACAGUUUCCGCUUCGCUCGAGUCUUUGGACCAGAUGCCGCGCAGCAGCAGGUCUUUGACUUCGUUGCGAAGGACAUGGUCCUGGGGGCCAUGGAUGGCGUCAACUGUUCCAUCUUUGCUUAUGGUCAGACUGGCAGUGGCAAGACUCACACCAUAUGUGGCGACCACAAGGAUCGAGGCAUCAUCCCGCGCUCUCUGAACUGCUUGUUUGACGCAAUCGAUGGCCGACAUGAUGGAGUAGACUACAGUGUGUCCAUGUCCUUCAUUGAGGUUUACAAGGAAGUUGGGUACGACUUGCUCUCCAAGGACUUCGGCCGCAACCAGGAGAGCUGGCCGACGGUUUCGGUCUCUUUGCAGAGCGGUGAGGACCCGGAUGAUGCAGCUGAGAAAGUUGGUAUCCUCUUGGAGCAGCGCGGCUUUUGUGUCAUCCCGGCAAACUUGGACUCGAGCGUGGCUGAGAUGGACAUUCACUUGCUGAAAGACCUGGGAUGCCUCCAGCGCACGCCAGAGGAGGUUCUAGAUGCCUACUUUGGGUCAGCUUCAACUUGGACCUACGAGCUGGAGCCGAGUGAUGAUGCGCCGGAGGACUUCGCAGGCCUGUAUGCGUUGGACAGCGAGUUGCAAGAGAUCGGCUGCAUUGUCUCAGAGGCUCAGAUGUUCUCCCAGCGUGCGGUCAGCAGAUCAGCCGGCCUCCUGCACUGUGACGAGAUGUUCUUCGACGAGGAGCCAGAGGAUGGUCCCAGGCUGUCUGAUCCUUCAGAGGCUGCGCCAUACCUGGCACACUGCACUCAGAGGAAGGUAGUGCUGCUUUUCGCCUUCCAAGAUACUGAUGUCACCUUGCAGCCCAGGUCAGAUCUGUCCGAUGCCAUUGAUGUGGACAUCCCGGCCGGUAGCAUCCUUGUCUGCCUGCAUGAGGCUGUGGUCCUUUCCGUGGCUAGAUCAAGUUUGCUGCUGCAGUUGGAUCUGCUUCUAGAAUGUGGUGGACAGCACAAGACCAAAGAGGAGCUGCUGCCAGUGCCGAGCUCCUUGAUGCGUCAGUAUGCCAAGAUGAUUGAAAGUGUCAAGGAUUCCGCGCCCAGUGAUGCGCCGAUGCUGUCUUUGAAAGAUGCGCACUUGGACCGCUCGGAGGGUAUUUCCAUUGUCUCGCUUUUCACGGAGCUUCCUACGCUGCCACAGGACAACGGGCUUGGUGCAGCUGUCCAGGCCUCACUGCUGGGUGGCUUGGACACCGUGCGGGAGGUGGUUCAGCCUCCCAAAACUGCGCGGCUAGGGGAGUCGCAGUAUUUCGGUGCGAAAUGGGACUUAGCCGAAUAUUUUGACGAAGAUCCUCGCGGCGAUGACUUCAAGGUCUACUCCAAACACUUGUCUGUGCUUUAUCGCAGCUAUGAUGUUGCAGGAGACUUCGACUACAGGUACUUCGGCUUUGACAAAGCCGAGAGCUAUGACCUGGACCAGCGCUGCCGACUGCUGUGCGAGGGAACGGAGCGAGCUUUGCAUGAAGCUGGCCAUUUGCCGAAGUCCAGGGUCGCUCGAUCCUGGGGCCUCUUUUCUGGCCUCUCUGGUGUGCGUGAGCUCCUGCCCGUGAGAUCGAUGCUGAAAUCAAGCCCUGCAGCUAUUCUUGGUCAGGUAUCAGAAGCCUUCGACUUCACAGGGCCAGUGAUGGCGCUGGACACAGGGGACUCCUCGGGCUUGGUGGCCUCCCAGACUGCUGUGGAGCAGCUGCGCCGCAGCUGUGACGUGGCCCUAGUGAGCUCCGCCAGCUGGAUCUCCAGUCCACUAGAGCUGGCGCUGCACUGCGCCACAGGAAGCGUGUCUCGAACUGGCCGCACCCGGACCUUCGACCAAAGCGCUGAUGGCUUCACCCAGGGGGAAGGGGUGGUGGUUGCCAUGCUGCAAGCCUCUGGCGCCAGAGAUGGCCGGGGCCACGUGGUGGGGACCGCAAUGAACUCCCAAGGCCGGGGAGCGAGUCUAUCAGCGCCCUCGAGUGCUGCCAUGCAGGAGGUGCUGGUCAAGGCAGAACGUGAUGCCCGCGUUCCCUUUGUUGUUGUAGACGCUGUAGAGACUAGCUCCGUGGGAUCUUCGCGCACGGACGCCGUGGAGCUGGCGGUCUUGGGAGCGGCACUAAGGCACAAGGACCCCCAGCCGGUGAUGGUGGGCUGCAGCAAGGCUUCCUUCAGCCACACGGGGCCUAGCAGCGGGCUGGCAAGCCUAGCCAAGGCCAUCUUUCUGAUGGAGAAGAACUGCUUCGGGCCACAGCUCCAUCUUUCACGGCUGCUGACGCUGGCAGCAGACCCCAAGAGGCUUCAGUUUUGCACGGAGGCCACGCAGGGCCUCGGGCACAAGCAGCUUGCGAGCGUCGCGGCGUUCAGCGCCUCAGGAAGCAAUUGUCAGCAGCUGAUCAGCGUGAAUCCGCGGCAGAAGGGAAUACCGCAGAAAGCACACCAACUUAGCUGGUGGCCGACACAAGUGAAGAAGAAGGAUGUCUUGGUUCCCAUCACUGGGUACUAUCUGGCGUGCAGCCUGUCCGCCUGGCAAGAGGCUAUUCCGCUCAAUCGUGACGAGGACGAACCUGGCAGCUUCUCUUGUGUACUCCAGCUGCGCGAUGAUGGCAAGGAGAAUUUCCAGAUAUGGCUCGAUGAAGAUCCUGACAAAGUGCUACACCCACCUCGUGACAAUGAUAUCUCGGAGUCAUUGGUGUUGGGGCCAGCAGCCAACGUUGACAGGUCUCGGAGUUGGAGGGUGGCUGGCACUGCGGGCGAGCACUACAAGAUCAGGUUGCAGGUGAAUGGCCGGUAUCGGCGUGUGGGCUGGGAGAAGGUGGAUGGCGUUGUGGGAAAGUCCAGCCGCGUCAGCUACAGCAUCAUAGGCGACCACAGCUUCUGGCUUUUCCAAGCCAUGCGCAGCAACUCUGGCGUUUUCGACUGCGAGGUCAAGCUUCUCAAGGAGACCAGCAAUUUCCAGAUCUACCGAGACGCAGACUUUCAGCAUGGCUUCUAUCCAGCAGCGGGCGCCAAGCCUACGCUUCAUUUGGGAGACGCAGAGCCCCAGAUGCUCUUCAACCGUGAGGACAUUCUGGGCCCAGAUGAGCAGGGCCAUGGCCACAACUUCCAAAUCAGUGGCAAAGUGGGUGAUGUGUUCCGAGUUGUCUUCCAGCCGAGUCACUCCGAGUGCUUGAGCUGGCAGCGUAUUGACUGGCAGCCGGUGGACUUCCAGGCCCUGGCGAAGUCGCACUGCUACUCUGUGGUGGGCUCUUGGGACAACUUCCAGCAGUGCCAGGAGAUGGCAAGAGAUGAAGCUGGAAACUGGUCGACAGAAGUGCAAAUCGGCAAGAGCGGCAAGGAGCUUUUCCAGGUCCUCCUGAAUGGCAACUGGCUCUCGUCUGUACAUCCAGUUGCACCGUUCGCCUCACUCGACGAUGAGCUGGAAGGGCCAGAUGAUGCUGGCCAUGAUAGGUAUUGGUGCAUAGGCUCUGGAAAUGAUCACUUCGAGCAUGGUGAUACAGCAGAGAUCCAUCUCACGAUGAAGGACGGCAUGCCUCAGAAGGUUUGGUGGCAGAAGUCCCAGUCCGUGCGAGCCCACGAGCGCUCUGUGGCUGCUGGAUUGCGUCGGACCUUGGAGAGGCACUUGCAGGUCAAUGGCCUGGUGCCCUUCGACCCUGCUACUCAAAAGUCUGCGCACUUUGUGAAGGCCCCAGAGUGGUACAACGAUGGCCGACGAAAGGAGGCAAGCAUUCCCACCCAGCACCUCAUCAACGAAUGCCAGGAGCGUAUUUGGCAGAGGCAGAAGAUGAUGAAGGAGGAGGGACCAGAUGCUGUGCUGCGUCAGCUGCGAGAGCGGGCAUAG